UCACCAGGGCUUUCGUCCCAGAUUUUAUCAUGGGUUUUGAUAUUUCUAACCCAGGUCUUCGACUUGGCCUUUGUCUUGGCAUCCACGAUCAGUCAUCAGAAGAUAAUUGCAUAAAGACUGAUGAACACAGGAAGAAACAAAGCCAGAAGAAAAAGGAGGAGUAUCCAUGUAAUAAGUCAUACCCAUCUCUUACUUUAGGACCACCUGCUGAUGAGGCAAAUAAUCAACUACCUUCAAAGACUGAAUCGGAUGAAUAUAUCAUCCACCCACACGCCUCUUCUCCAAGCGCAGUGUCUUCAUUUUCCAAUUCGUCUAGCAUCAAGAGGGAGAGAGAUCAAUUCGCAGGCGAAGAACUUGAGCCAGAGGUAGAGAAGAUUCAAUCAAAGGUUGCUGAUGAUGAUGAAGGUGGUAACCCCAGGAAGAAACUUAGGCUCACCAAAGAACAAUCCACAGUCUUAGAGGAUAGCUUCAAAGAGCAUUCUACUCUCAAUCCGAAGCAAAAGCAAGAAUUGGCAAGGAAGCUGAAUCUGCGGGCGAGACAAGUGGAGGUGUGGUUUCAGAACAGGAGAGCCAGGACAAAACUGAAAAAAACCGAAGUGGACUGUGAGUUACUGAAGAAGUGCUGUGAAACUCUAACAGAGGAGAACAAGAGGUUGCAAAAAGAGCUGCAAGAGCUCAAAUCGAUGAAAACAACGCCAGGAUCCUUUUAUAUGCAGCUUCCAGUAGCCAGCCUUAUCAUAUGCCCUUCUUGUGAGAGAAUUUGCGGCGGCGGCAGCGGCGGCGGAAGUAACAAUCCCUCCUCUCCCACGACGGCUUUGCUUAAUGGCCCAAAGGCUCAUCAUCACUUCAACAAAAAUAACUAUACAUAUUCACCCAAUCUUCCGCAGCUUGCUAGCUAGGGAGUCUGAACUUCAAUGUCCAGAAAACCAUUAUUUUUGUUCGGAGGGAUUUUUCUUUAGCGAUGAUAUAUAAUCUGUAGUUACUAUUUAGAUAGCAUUCCGUCGUGUAAAAAAAGAUAGACGAUUAAGGGUCAUAUCGAUUAUUAUCACCACGUGCUGCUUAUAAUGCGCGUGAUAUACUUCGAGCAAAGUU